CAGGACCUUGAGGACCUGCAGCUGGAUUUCUGGUUGGCAACUCGUGGUGUCGGGCACCCGGUCGAUGUCCGCGUGCCCUUCCCCAGCCUGCAGCCCCUCAAAGCCCACCUGGAGGCCAACGGCAUCUCCUACUCCAUCAUGAUCGAGGACGUGCAGGCGCUGGUGGACGAUGAGCAGAUGGAGAUGCUUCGUGAACGCCGCUGGCUGCCGCUUUCCACCAACACCUUCAACUAUGCCAGUUACCACAGCCUGGACGAGAUCUACGCCUUCAUGGACCUGCUGGUGGCUGAAAACUCACACCUGGUCAGCAAGAUUGAGAUCGGCCGGUCAACGGAGAACCGCCCCAUCUACGUGCUCAAGUUCAGCAAAGGUGGGACGAACCGCCCGGCCAUCUGGAUUGACACCGGUAUCCACUCCCGCGAGUGGGUGACACAGGCCAGCGGUGUCUGGUUCGCCAAGAAGAUUGUCCAGGAUCAUGAGAAUGACGAAGGUCUGGCCUCCAUCCUGGACAAGAUGGACAUCUUCCUGGAGAUUGUCACCAACCCAGAUGGCUUCGCCUUCACUCAAAGCCAGAAUCGCAUGUGGCGCAAGACCAGGUCCAAGCACUCAAGCAUUUGCGUCGGUGUGGACCCCAACCGCAACUGGGACGCAGGUUUUGGAGGGUCUGGGGCCAGUGGAAACCCCUGCUCAGAGACGUACCAUGGACCCUACGCCAACUCAGAGCCCGAGGUGAAGGCCAUCGUAGACUUUGUGAAGAGCCACGGGAACAUCAAGGCUUUCGUCUCCAUCCACAGCUACUCCCAGCUCCUGCUCUACCCCUACGGCUACACCACCACCCCAGUGCCUGACCAGAAGGAACUGCACGAGAUUUCCGAGAAAGCGGUGGCAGCUCUGUCUUCUCUGUACGGCACUAAAUACAAGUACGGCAGCAUCAUCACCACCAUCUAUAAAGCCAGUGGAGGAACCAUCGACUGGACCUAUGAACAGGGUAUUAAAUACUCCUUCACCUUCGAGCUGAGGGACACGGGGCGUUACGGGUUCCUGCUCCCCGCCAAAGAGAUCGUCCCGACCGCCCAGGAGACGUGGCUGGCGCUGAAGGUCAUCAUGCAAUACACGGUGGACCAUCCCUACUAA